GCCCCCUGCAGCAGGCUCCAAACAAGCAGCAGGAUAAGACUUCCUCAUCAAAACACUGGGCCCUGGAAGCAGGAGGAUGAAUGCAAGAUGGUGCACGUGUUGAAACUAAACUGGAAAGCUAUUCCUGGAUUUCAGCACUGGGGAAACCAAUCUAUGCACCAAAAAUGUCUAAAGCUGGAACCAAGAUUACUUUCUUUGAAGACAAAAACUUUCAAGGCCGCCACUAUGACAGCGAUUGCGACUGUGCAGAUUUCCACAUGUACUUGAGUCGCUGCAACUCCAUUAGAGUGGAAGGAGGCACCUGGGCUGUGUAUGAAAGGCCCAACUUUGCUGGGUACAUGUACAUCCUACCCCGGGGCGACUACUCUGAGUACCAGCACUGGAUGGGCCUCAAUGACCGUCUCAGCUCCUGCAGGGCUGUCCACCUGUCUAGUGGAGGCCAGUAUAAGAUUCAGAUCUUUGAGAAAGGGGAUUUUAAUGGUCAGAUGUAUGAAACCACUGAAGACUGCCCUUCCAUCAUGGAGCAGUUUCACAUGCGAGAGGUCCACUCCUGUAAGGUGCUGGAGGGCGCGUGGAUCUUCUACGAGCUGCCCAACUACCGUGGCAGGCAGUACCUCCUGGACAAGAAGGAGUACCGGAAGCCCAUCGACUGGGGCGCAGCUUCCCCAGCUGUCCAGUCUUUCCGCCGCAUUGUGGAGUGAUGAUACGGAUGCAGCCAUAAGCUUCUUCCUGGGGCCAAAUGCUGGCUGGCCUUGUCGUCCAAAUAAGCAUCAUAAAUAAAAACAAUUGGCAUGCAUUCCACUGUUUACUAUAAUGCCUCUCCUUAAACACUUGUAGGCACCAGUAAAGUAGUGCCCACCACAGCAGGCAGUUACACAAAGCAACUCAUCCUUCAGGUUAUAUCUUUGUGCCAGACGAAAUGGGACUGGAUUAAAAGGUUAGAAAA